UCACCCCUUUUUAGUAUAUUCAGCAAAUUAACUCAAAAAAUAAAGUAAAAAAUUUAUGUUUAAGAAUUUUCAUAUUUGAUUUAAUCCCUCUCCGCCCUGUAAUAUAAUCCCGCAACAACUUGCGACAAUACUUGUUUGUUGUUUGUCAAUUAGUCGAUAACACGACGUUGUUGUGGGAAAUGGCCGAUGUACAUAUCGUUAGGCCCAACUAUUAAAAUCCUGCAUAUAUAUAGUAAGUUCCUUGUUCAUAUUGAGUUUCGUAGAAACACCGAUGGGUCUAGAUGGGCCUGAAACGUUGGAAGUGCCGGAAAAAUGGGUAGAGUCAGGCUCGCACAAAGCGCGUAAUCGUAUCUUUGAAGGACGAUCCUACUAGUGUUGUGACAUGUCGCGUCGUUUGUUCGCAGCCGGGGGAAAACGUGCUAAAUGUUUUCAAUCAUAAAAUACAAGUUGGUACCUUAUCAAAGUUGACCUGCCAUUUUUAUUUCUUAAACUAAAUUUAAUAGUGUCUCGUUAUAACCAUCUAUUAUUUGCAAAGUUGUAAUAACAUAUCCUUGUGCAGUCAAACAAACAUGAUAACAUUGUUUACACAACACGUUUUACAAACAAAAAAUAUAAUAUUUUUAAUAAUUAUGACAAAUUUCAUCUCUUGUCGGCAAAUGUAGCCAACAAGUUUUACAAACUCACAACGAAGUUUUUUUCUUUUUGUUUUGUUAAAGAAAAAUCAUGGAAUUUUAAACUACAUAAACAUUUAUAAACUCACCGCGAAGACGGUGGAUUCUGUUGCUGAAUAAUAGAUUUUUUGUUAUAUUCUUUCACAAUUAAACAUAUAAAUUAAUUUUAAAAAUACUGGAGAGGGAGACCAGACACGAAACUUAUCAAAAGAGAAAAUGAAAUCCUAACAAACUCAAAGAUUUAUGCAGCAGUAGUAGCAGGCAACGGACUUAUUAGUUAUUUAACAAGUCUACGACACAAAUUUUUUUUUUUUAAAUGCAAAAAUGUGGAACAACAGAAUGGAACUAUAAAAGAAAAUAAAGAAGAAGAAUAUAAUCAGAAAAUGGAAUAAAAAUAAAAGCUGGUGGUCCAUUUCGUCACUUUAUAUGAUUCCUUACACAAUAAAAUAUCAAUUUAAAUUGACUCGAAUUACAUCGAAAUUUGAGAGAAUCAUAAACUAAAAGACCUUUUUACAAAGAAAAAGAAAAUACAGGGCUGCAAAGACAAUUAAAAUAUGAGUCCUCACAAGAAAUAAAAAAAAAAGCAUUUAUGAAAUUUAGCAUCUUUGUAACACGUAGAAAAGGCCAAAACAGAGAGCGGCCAAAACGGAAGCAAAAAAAGUCUCAUCAUUCUUUUCUUUUUUACUUCCAAUCUCCUCCCUUUGCUCAUUGCCAUAACCACACAACAGAGAAAAGUUUCUCUUUCUGUAAUUGCAAACUCUGUCUCUCAAUGAGCUGAUUAGUACAUUUUUGUCUCACCUUCUGAUCCAUAUAAUAUCUAACAGAUCAUGCACUCUUGCGUUUGCUUACGUUAAUUUGGUGGAGUUUCAUUAAUAAUAACAUUUUUAUAUUUUGAUCAUCAUUUUCUGUAAAGUGUUAAUUCUUAUUAAGGAGAACUUUUGGCCGUUCAUCAUCAUCAUUUGAUCCAAUGGCUGACAUCACUGAGGAUCCCACUGAUGUUGUUGUCAAAGAUGUUCAUGAGAUAUGUAUCAAGAAAGAUGCUGAAAAGAUCAUCGAUGACAAAACUGAGAAGAGCACGGGCUUGGAACCCGAGACAGAGUCCGAGCUCAAACCUGAAUCCGAGUUAGAUAUGCAAAAGCUGGUGGCUAUGUUCAAGAAACUGAAUCCUUUGGCUAAGGAGUUUUUUCCCUCUUACUACAGUCCCAAGAAGAAUGGUGAAACUACAGAAGGUAACCAAUUGCUGUCCGUUGAUGACGAUUUACCAACGGCUAAGAAGCAAUCUGGUGAAGAAUUUGAUUCUGAUGGAAAGAAGGAUGACAAUAACCGGAAGAAAAGAAACAAUUAUAGCCAAGGGAGGAAGAGGUUGACUGGAAGAAUUUCAAAAGCUCAGAGAGAGGAUAGUAUUAGGAGAACAGUGUAUGUUUCUGACAUUGACCAGAGUGUGACUGAGGAGGGUCUUGCUGCUUUGUUUAGUAACUGUGGACAAGUUGUUGACUGUCGAAUUUGUGGGGAUCCACAUUCAGUUCUUCGAUUUGCGUUUGUGGAGUUUGCUGAUGACCAGGGGGCACAUGAAGCUUUAAGCCUUGGUGGAACGAUGUUGGGGUACUACCCUGUGAGGGUCUUACCCUCAAAAACUGCUAUUCUUCCCGUGAAUCCCACAUUUCUUCCAAGGUCUGAAGAUGAAAGGGAGAUGUGUUCAAGGACAAUCUAUUGCACAAACAUUGACAAAAAGGUUUCUCAAGCUGACAUGAGAAACUUCUUUGAGUCAGCAUGUGGUGAGGUAACUCGUCUAAGGCUUCUUGGCGAUCAACUGCAUUCAACUCGCAUUGCUUUUGUUGAGUUUGCUCUGGCGGAUAGUGCAACUAGGGCGCUCAAUUGCAGCGGGAUGGUUGUUGGAUCCCAACCCAUAAGGGUAAGUCCAUCAAAGACACCAGUAAGGCCACGAAUCACUCGACCACCAUCUACAAACUAGAGAGAUGAUUGCAAACAUUUUGUUCCCUUCAGCAACUUUAUUUCUUUCGUUAUCUUUUAAGUUUUAGAACACUUAUCUCCACUUAUGCUAGUAGCUGGAAACACUAUGUUCCUGCUUCCGAAUUUGGAGUGUUCUUGUUAGGUUCUGAGAUACUUCUCUCUAUUUCAUCAUCUCUGUCUUUUGGAGCAUUUUCUUUUAAAAGUUCUUAUAUUUUCACAA